GCUAUAGUGCUGCAUGUACAUAUUAUAUGUAUGCAGUUAUGUUUUGAGCGGUAUUCUUUAUUUCCUGUUUCGGUAGAGAGUGUAUGCUUAAUUAUGUGAUUAACUGAAACCUACCUGUGCAAUGUUGACUACCGUAAUUUUCGUGGGGUAAAAUAUUCGUUAUUUUCGUGGGCAGGCUGACCUCCACGAAAUUUUAGCGUAGGCGUGGCUUAUCGGAACGUAGGAAUGCCGUGCAGCCACGAGACUAAACGAAAUUUUUACUCACGAAAACCACCGUUUCUCGAGUUGAACGAAUUUCUUACCCCACGAAACUUACCCGCUAUACGGUAUAAGUUUUAUUAGACUGUGCAAUUAGUGGUUGCCUUUCACUUCGGACAACUUUUACUUGCUUUCCCAACUAGCUAAUUAUAUUGUUGUGUGUUUGAUCUCUGGAGCUUGCUAAUUACACUGUGGGGGAGGGUGACGGGUACGUGACUGUGUGUGCCUCUCUGGAGGGGGUCCUGGAAAGGAUCAUCAUCGUCAAUAUGACCACCACUGAGGACUCAGCACUUGCCAUCAGUGACUACUCUGCUCUCACGGACUACCCUCUUCAGUUCUCUGCAAGUGUGGACACUGCUUGUGUGAAUGUCUCCAUCUUGGAGGAGGACAUCGUUGAGCCUGACCAAGUGUUCCAAAUAUAUCUAGCCAGCUAUGAUCCAGUUAUCCUCACUCCCAAUUCAUCAGCCUCUGUGACUAUUCUGGAUAAUGAUGUGCUAGGUAUUGGUCUCAGCUCAGCAUCAGUGAUGGCUAGUGAGGUGGCAUCUCCUCUCUCUGUUGCCGUAGUGAUUUUGUCUGGCAGUCUGGAACUAGAUGUCACUGUCAGUGUGGCAGCAUUCAGUUGGGUCAAUGACACUGCCACUGAAGAUUUCGACUAUCGGUCAUUGAACAAAACCAUCACCUUCACUUCUGGGUCAGGGGUGGGCUCCAUGGAAACCUUUGAUGUCAUCAUUAUCAAUGACAUCAUUGUAGAAGAAUUGCUUGAAACAUUCACACUGAGGCUGACCAUACCCACUGGAGCACCUGUUGCCGUGAUCGGACUGGAGGUGGCCACUGCAUUCAUACAAGAGGACCUUACUGACAGUGUGACUGUGAGUUUGAAUGAAUCUAGCUACGUACUGACUGAGGGAGAGGGUGUGGUCAUAUGUAUGGAGCUGGUGGGAGUGCUAGAGAGAGAUGCUGCUGUAAAUAUCACCACUGUGGAUAGCACUGCAACAGUGUUGGACUACAUUGAUAUCUCUACCACCCUCACAUUCUCUUCCGGCACCUCGAGUGCCUGUGUGCAGUUAUCGACCAUUGACGACAGUACGUACGAAUCUACAGAAGGGUUGAGUGUAGAGCUGGAGUCCACUGACUCCCAAGUCACUGUAGCCACUCCCUCCGUACUCGUCACUAUAGUGGACAAUGAUGAUGUUGUGCUUUCCCUGUCUGCCCCUGAGUUUGUGUGUGAAGGAGAUGGUGUCGUGCAGAUCUGCGUCACCUUGGAGACUGACAUUGAGAGAGAUGUGGAAGCUACCAUAGAGACCGCUGAUGCAUUCGCAAUUGAUUCUGAAGAUUACCAGAGUAUUACCGUCACCUACUCCUACUCCGCCCCCCUAUCUUCCCCCCUUACCAACUGCACACUAGUGACAAUACUCGACAAUGACAUUAUCGAGCCAUGUGAAGACUUCAGGGCCAACCUUAGCUCACCCUCUGAGAGAGCGGUGCUCAGUCCAAGCUCACUGAGUAUCAUCAUUCAUGAUGAUGAAGACAUCACCUCCCCUCUGUUGUUGUUCAACAACUCACCUCAAAUCAGUGGGAGCGAUCUGACAGCCUACUACAACCUGACGGGCUGUGCCAGGGUCACUUGUGAGGUCAGGAAUCAACAAGAUUGUUCUCAACCUGUCGGUAGUUUCGAGGGUGUGUGGUUUGGACAGAAUGCGAUCAAUAGGAGGACACUGCAACAGUUUGCUAUUAUCGUGGAUGCAUACUGUCCCAACCAAAUAGUCCCAGUGUUCGAGGACAGGCCAAUCAGAGGUGAUAAUACUCAGUGCAGUCAGCACUUCACUGACCAACAGUAUGAGUUUGACCCCGUCUCUGGAAAUGUGACUGUGGAGUGGGAGGGAACUGGACCCGAUGCAACUGUUCAAGUUAGCCAGUUUAUGUGCAGGUUACCUAACACAGACACAUUUUCGUGUGUUAGUCCCCUUGUUAUCACCGGUCUGUCCUCUGGAAGCCACACCCUCUUAGUCACACCAGUGGGAAUCAGUGGGUGUACAAGGAUGGUCACUAGGAGCUUACUCAUAACCAUCUGAACAGUUAUUCAGGACAUUUUAAUGCUGACAUACGUGUGUGCUCCUAUUCAUAUAAUGCCUUAGAUUAUAAUUGUCGACAAUUUAAAGACAAAUAGAUAAACAUCAUAGCUACUAUUGAAUAAAAAUGUUUUCUUUAUUGUCAAGUUGACUGAAUGUUUUGCAUUUUG